GAGCACCAAAGAAGGCCAUUUUUAUUUCAUGAGCUAUCCUCUGUUAAUACCCACUUUGAUCGUAUCAGCAAGCUGAGUUUUUCUAUCUGUUGGAAGCAAAAGAUUGUGGAAAGAUGAAGGUAAUGGUGGCAAUAGACGAGAGCGAGUGCAGCUACUACGCUCUCGAGUGGGCACUACAGAACUUGAAGGAGACGAUCGCCUCCUCCGAACUUGUCGUCUUCUGUGUUCAGAAUCUCGCUAACUUGGGCUAUGUUUAUGCUUCUUCCUUCGGCGCUGCGCCUGCCGAGUUGAUACAGAAUCUCGAACAAAAUCAGAAGAAGUUCGUGUUGUCUCUCCUGGAGAAGGCUAAAGAAAUCUGCUCCAAGCAUGGGAUCGAAGCGGAGACGCUAACAGAAGUUGGGGAUCCUAAGGAGGCCAUCUGUGAGGCUGUUGAGAAGCUAAAUGUCCAGUUGCUUGUAUUGGGCAGCCGCAGUCGUGGAGCGAUCCAGAGGGCGUUUCUAGGAAGUGUAAGCAACUAUUGCGUUCACAAUGCAAAGUGCCCUGUCCUUGUCGUCAGAAAACCGGCCUGAGCAGAAGCAUCUCUUCCCUGCAUAUAGAAAGACAAAAAUGGAGAAUAAUUCUGAGGAGGGCAGCCCGUAACCUAAGUUGAAUCGGUAUAAUUUUCAUGUCAAUUAAUAUGGUGCAAAUGUCUCAUUUCCUUUUCCUUAUUUUGCUGUUCUAUGAAUGAUGUUGCUGCUCUCAAGACCCAUGUAUUUCCUUAUGAUUGUUAGUCGUAUUCCCGGGUUUUUCUUUCUUAAUAUCAGCAAUCUCAUAGUUUCAGUCCCUUUUCUGCUAGCCGUGUUUAAUACAAUUGGUAGCAGUCGAAGCAUUGGUGCA